CUCUCCGAGUACCCGUAUCAGCUUUGUGAUUUACGAUCGUAUGACACUUUGUGUGUUUGAUCCUUUUUUCUGUGACGGUAAUGUUAGCAGGCUAAUAUAAAGUGCACGCUCAUGUCUCAGGUAGAAGCAUAAAGUAGCUAGCCCUCUUCUUUUGAAAGUAAACUUGGCUCUGUGUGUAACCGGUCGGGUGGUACAGAGGAAAUUGGAAACAGACUCAAGAUAACGAAACGCGCUUAGCCCACUGGUUUUGGGUGCUAGCCACAUUUAUUUGUACUUCACACGAUUGGGUUGUUCCUUUCAAGGAUACCUGGAUCUAGUAGCAGGUGACGCCGACACAACAGGGAUGUGCAAUGGCAUCGGUGCGGGUGGCUGUCCGGCUCAGGCCUAUGAACAGACGGGAGAAGGACUUGACUGCCAAAAACAUAAUUGAAAUAAAAGGGGACAAGACCACCAUUACAAACUUGAAGAUACCAGAUGGCCUUACCGGGGAUUCGAUGAGGGAGAGUAAAAAGACCUUCACCUAUGACUUCUCCUAUGACUCCGCUGACAGUAAAAGCAACACCUUUGUCUCUCAGGAAAAGGUGUUCAAAGACUUGGGCUCAGAUGUCCUCAAGUCUGCGUUCCAAGGCUACAACGCCUGCAUCUUUGCCUAUGGCCAGACCGGCUCGGGGAAGUCCUACACCAUGAUGGGAAAUCCAGGAGAUGCUGGUCUCAUUCCACGGAUCUGCGAGGGUCUGUUCAGCCGGAUUGCUGGGAUGACUCGUUGGGAUGAGGCCUCCUUCCGCACCGAGGUCAGCUACCUGGAGAUCUACAAUGAACGUGUCAGGGACCUGCUCAGGAGGAAGUCCACCCAAACCUACAACCUGAGGGUGAGGGAGCACCCAAAAGAUGGACCCUACGUGGAAGACCUGUCCAAGCACCUGGUGCAGAACUACCACGACGUGGAGGAGCUGAUGGAGGCGGGCAACAUCAACCGCACCACGGCCGCCACGGGCAUGAACGACACCAGCAGCCGCUCGCACGCCAUCUUCACCAUCAACUUUACCCAGGCUAAGUUUGACGCGGAGAUGCCCUGCGAGACGAUCAGUAAAAUCCACCUGGUGGACUUGGCGGGCAGCGAGAGAGCGGACGCCACCGGUGCCACUGGAGUCCGGCUCAAGGAGGGCGGCAACAUCAACAAGUCACUGGUCACCCUGGGCAAUGUCAUCUCCGCUUUAGCGGACCUGAGCCAGGACGGAGUGAACACCAACCUGAAGAAGAAGCAGGUGUUUGUGCCUUACAGAGACUCUGUGCUAACGUGGCUCCUCAAAGACAGCCUGGGAGGCAACUCCAAGACCAUCAUGAUCGCUACCAUCUCGCCUGCUGACGUUAACUACGGCGAGACGCUGAGCACUCUGCGCUACGCCAACCGUGCCAAGAACAUCAUCAACAAGCCCACGAUCAACGAGGACUGCAACGUCAAACUCAUCCGAGAGCUCAGGGCUGAAAUCGCCCGACUGAAGGCCCUUCUGGUCCAGGGAAACCAGAUUGCACUUCUGGAUUCACCCACCGCUCUGAGCAUGGAGGAGAAACUACAACAGAACGAAGCUCGAGUGUUGGAGCUAACCAAGGAGUGGACUAACAAGUGGAAUGAAACUCAGAACAUUCUCAAGGAAGAAACCCUUGCCUUGAGGAAAGAGGGAAUCGGUGUCGUCCUCGAUUCGGAGUUGCCUCAUCUAAUUGGUAUCGACGACGACCUCCUAAGUACUGGCAUCAUCCUCUACCAUCUAAAGGAGGGCAGGACGAAUGUUGGUCGAGACGACGCGUCGACUGUUCAGGACAUUGUUCUCCAUGGGCUGGACCUAGAGAGUGAACACUGCAUGUUUGCGAACCAGACCGGCACUGUCACACUGGUUCCACUCAAUGGGGCCCAGUGCUCCGUGAAUGGAGUGCAAGUGACAGAAGCCUCUCCACUAAACCAAGGUGCUGUUAUCCUACUGGGGAGAACCAACAUGUUCCGUUUCAACCACCCUAAAGAGGCAGCUAAACUAAGGGAAAAGAGGAAGAGUGGACUGCUCUCUUCCUUUAGUCUGUCCAUGACUGAUCUCAACAAAUCAUGUGAGAACCUCUCCACAGUAAUGCUCUACAACCCAGGUCUCUUCACUGAAAAGGGGCCUAUCUAUCUCAGGUUGGAAUUUGAGAGACAGCAACGGGAAGAGCUGGAGAAGCUGGAACACAAAAGGAGGCUUAUUAAGGAGAUGGAAGACAGGCAGAAGUGCGAGAAGGCGGAGCUGGAGCGCCUGCAACAGGAGGUGGAGUCCCAGCGCAAGGAGUCGGAGCAGGUGCAGCAGCGCAUCCGCCGCCAGGAGGAGACCCUCCGCUGCCGCAGCCAGGACAUCGAGAGCCGCCUGCGCGACCUCCUGGCUGAGAAGCAGCGCUUUGAGGAGGAGCGCCACCGCGAGACCAAGGAGCUGGAGCUACAGAGGCGCCAGCGGCGAAAGCAGCAGGAGGAGCGCGAGGAUGAGAAGACGCAGGACGAGGAGGCGCGAUGCCAUAGCGAGGCGGCAGAGCGUGCCGAGCAGGCGGAGAUCUUCCGCGAGCUGGAGCGGCUGAAGCGGGAGCACGAGGAGCAGGUGGUGCGGCUGGAGGCAGAGAGGCGGAGGCUGGAGGAGCGCGAGAUGGAGCAGCUAGGCCUGGUGGGGCGCCUAGAAGAGCAGCUGAGGGAGCGCCACGAAGCGGCGGCUGCCCUGCUGACCCGCGAGGACACCCGGCGCCUGGACGAGGAGCGCCGUGCCUUGGCCGAGAUACGCUCUGCACUGCUCCGCGCCAAGGAGGCCAGCGGGCGCUCUGACUGCGACAGAAUGGGCGAGGAGGCCGGGUGCGCCGCCCAGGUCCGUUACACGGACUUCAAGGCAGCGCAGGUGGAGGAGCUGGGUCAGUUGGAGGAGGGGCUCCGGCAGCAGAAGGAGUGCCUGGAGAAGGAGGUGGCGUCAGAGCACGCUUCCCUGGCCGUCCUGGUCCACGCCCACAAGGAGCGGACCCAGGAGAAGGGGGCACAGGACUCCUCAGAACUCUCCCAGGAGGAGCAGCGGAUGCAACAGGCCGAGCAGCGCCUCCUCUUCAAGGAGCGCCGGCUAACCAGCCUAACCGACAGCCUCCUGCCGGCGGUGGCCGAGGAAAGGCAGAGGGCGGAGGAGCUGCUGAAACUCGGAAGCUCCUCUGGCGCUGGCAGCAUUUCCAACAUCUCCCUGGGACUAGACAACACCCUGUACCAGGUGGAAAAGGAACUUGAGGAGAAGGAGGAGCGCCUUACCGCACACUGCGCCAGCGCCGAGCAGCUUCAGCAGCUGCAGGAGACGUACGAGUUCACGGCCAACGUGGCGCGCCAGGAGAAAAAAGUGCGGCGCAAGGAGAAGGAGAUCCUGGAGUCGCGGGAGAAGCAGCAGCGUGAGUCCCUGGAGCAGGCGGUGGCGCGCCUGGAGAGAAGGCACUCGGCGCUGAGGCGCAGUGUCCCACUGGACCCAGAGAGUGUGGAAUCCAGGUGCAAGGCCUCCGUUCUGGGGCCCGCGCAGGAAUUCGACCAAGAGAGGGUGGACCGGGAGAUCCAGAAGCUGAAGCAGAGGAUCAGUAAAACUGAGGGAAGUGGAAGGAGUCACACUGGGAGCGGCGAUGAAAAGACCAGUCUCAGCACCCCCCCUGUCAGCCCAAUCCAGAGCCUACCCCCGGUGCUGCCUAUCACAGAUGACGGGAUAAAUGCAUACAUUGAGGAGGAGGUUAAGAGAAGGUUACAGAAGCUGAACCUCUUCAAUGGUGACAAAAACAUUGAGCUCUCACUUUCAUCUGAAUCUCUGCAGGAGGACGAAGAAGUUAAUGAAUCUAGCUCUGUUAGAUUAACGGAUGAGGAUGAUGCCAAGCUGCAAAACCGUGUCAACCCUAGGAAAUUGAAAUAUGAGAAAGACUCUAUGCACUUGCUGUGGCGUAGCUUCCUGUGUGUCCCAGAACGUGAGACGAGCACUCACCUGGAUGGGGCUACAACAAGUUCAGAAGAAGAAGGCGGCAAAGACCGCUCCGAGUUAGAUAAAAUUGGCAAUCCAGAAAGGGAAACCAAAGUCUUGGCAGAAAAUGAUAGAAUGCCUUAUAAAGAGGGUGAAAAAGCAAAAUGGUGGCAGGUGGAAGUGAAGGGGAAGGUUGACCAAGCUGAGAGCGAGAAGAGUAGCUGUGAUUUUAAAACCAAGGACUGGGGAUUUAGGUCUACAAACACCAUAGUUGGUGAGGAUGGAAAUAACAGCCAAUGUAGGCCAGAUGAGGAAGAUGACAAGAUGAAAAGUCUGUCAUAUUAUCAGUCCAGAGAAACCAGAACAGAAAACCCACUGUUGCUCUCACAGUUUGACUCUUUGGAAGGAACCAAAGACCAAGUUCAGAACACAAGCAAGACAAGUAACGACACUGUAACCGUGAUAAAUUCUGAAGUCCCCAUACUGAGACCAAGUUCAAAGAGACAAAUCUCCAUCGAGGGCUACUUUGGUCUCAACAAGAUCCCUAAAGAGUCUGUAAAUGGGCAGGUGCAGAGGAAUCUGAGAACUUCAGAACCGGAUAUAUUAACCAACGAACUGGGAGCCAAACAGAGUUAUGUCCUUGGAUACUUGGCAGGCAAGCUGUCUGGAGUUUACAACGACGCUGGACGAUAUCUGCAGAGUACACGGGAUAUCAUUCGGCAGGUUCAAGCAGGAGAGACUUCAGCAUUGACUAGUACAUUCUCUCAGUACAUGACCAUAGUUACAAAACAUCUUCCACUUGCUCAGAAAAAGCAGCUUGAACCUUCAAUGAAACCCGACUCGAGGCAGAAUAAAGUUCAUUUUGCCAAUUUGACAGGCAAUUGCCUUUUCAAUGUACCCGAUAAAGGUAAUGUGUCUGCAAUUCCGGACAUUUCAUUAUGGCCUAAAGGCUCUAUGACUACAUACAAAGACGGGGAGCUUGUAAUUUAUUGUCAGACGCUCGUGCAGUUUCCCAUAUGCCUUUUGGAAUUACAGUCUCUUCCGCUUCAGAAGAUGCUCUAUUGUUUGUACUGUGUGAUGCCCAAAAUCGCUACCAUUUCCCACCACCUUUUGGGUAUCUACUGGCUAAGUGUUGCCAAUUGCAAACAGCCUACACCACAACCAAGUUGCUUACUGUUAUUUGAAACCGACAUCUAUGCAGUCUCCGCUGGUACUGGUUUAGGUAACAACCAACCUUUGGCAGUUUUUCAGCACUUCAGUCUCUUGCACAUCAAAGAGAUCCAAGUGAGCUUUGCUGGGCAGCAUGUACGACUCCUGGGCUCCACUAAAGACACCAUCUUGGUCAUCUUCACCCACAGCAAAGAGCUUACCCAGGAGCUAUGCUGUACCCUGCUGAAGAUCCUUGCCCCGGCAGAGGUUCAGGAAGGCCCAGGAGCCCACCCCUUGCUUUGUGGAGACCUCUCGCGCCUCUCUCUGGACUGGAGGUCCCACGUUCCAGACCUCCUGCUGGAUAGUGGCCUCUGUGUUACCUCACGUUUUAAGAGGAUCAUGGCUGACCUGCUCUAUAUCCUGCACGGCAACAUGGAAGGACCCAACAAGCCCUCCUUGGCUAACAUACACCUUCUUCUCUACACUUCCAUCAAGGUGGAAAACUAUUCCACCUCGCGCCAAGUUGUCCUUUGCCAGUUCUUUCUCACCGACACUCACAUAGGCCUGGUGCAAGAGGAUGCUGUGUUCCACCCGGAACCUCGAGGCUCAACUCUGGUUCCCAUCCAACCCCAGUUUCAGGGAGUGGAGCUGCGCAGACGCUCAGACAUCCGCUGUGUGCUUGUGAGACACAUUGAUAGAUGUAUGGUGCUUGACAUCGUAUUCUCCGUGACUCACAGAGGGCAGAUUGAGACCAAAAGAAAGACGAGGAAGGGCUUAGGCAUUGUCCCUCUACCUUCUGAUUGCAGGCCCCCAGCUGAUUCCUGGAAAUUAACUUUCAGCUCUACCCCGGAUGCAGCAAUCCUAAUCAAUCAUCUGUCCACCUGAUUUAAGGCUGUGCUUACAGGUCAUAAAAGGAUGUAAUGCUAAUAGGUAAUACAUGGAAAGGAGUUUAACUGCCACUGCAGGCCUGAAGCGUAAUGACCGUGCCGUCCUGCUGAACUCUUGUUUUCUUUCAGUAUUGCACUUGAGCAAGAAAGCCAUGGUGAGUUAGCUAGCUAGCGACAUUCAGUAUUGUCAGCCAACUGCAUUUCUGAGUAUUGUAUUCAGAUAGCUAGACUGAUAACAUCAGGGUUUGCAUACUACAAGAGUUGAGCAACAUUGUAGUAAAGAUUUCACUUGUAAAUCUUAUUUUGUUUGAACAUGAUGGUACCCUCCUACCACUUCCAAUGUGUAUUUAAAUGAUUUUUUUGAUUAGUUGAAAAUCAUAUUCCAAAGAAACAUUAUUCUUGUAACAUGGUAACCAUGCCUUUUUGUAAUUGUUAAUGUAUGUCCAUAAUGUCAGUAACAUUUUAUUGAAACUUCUACAGGAUCCUCAUGAAUAUUGUGUUAUAAGAAAAUAUUCAUAUUAUAUUAUAUACACUGCUCAAAAAAAUUAAGGGAACACUAAAAUAACACAUCCUAGAUCUGAAUGAAUGAAAUAUUCUUAUUAAAUACUUUUUUCUUUACAUAGUUGAAUGUGCUGACAACAAAAUCACACACAUUAUCAAUGGAAAUCAAAAUUAUCAACCCAUGGAGGUCUGGAUUUGGAGUCACACUCAAAAUUAAAGUGGAAAACCACACUACAGGCUGAUCCAACUUUGAUGAAAUGUCCUUAAAACAAGUCAAAAUGAGGCUCAGUAGUGUGUGUGGCCUCCACGUGCUUGUAUGACCUCCCUACAACGCCUGGUCAUGCUCCUGAUGAGGUGGCGGAUGGUCUCCUGAGGGAUCUCCUCCCUGACCUGGACUAAAGCAUCCGCCAACUCCUGGACAGUCUGUGGUGCAACGUGGCGUGGGUGGAUGGAGCGAGACAUGAUGUCCCAGAUGUGCUCAAUUGGAUUCAGGUCUGGGGAACGGGCGGGCCAGUCCAUAGCAUCAAUGCCUUCCUCUUGCAGGAACUGCUGACACACUCCAGCCACAUGAGGUCUAGAAUUGUCUUGCAUUAGGAGGAACCCAUGGCCAACCGCACCAGCAUAUGGUCUCACAAGGGGUCUGAGGAUCUCAUCUCGGUACCUAAUGGCAGUCAGGCUACCUCUGGCGAGCACAUGGAGGACUGUGCGGCCCCCCAAAGAAAUGCCACCCCACACCAUGACUGACCCACCGCCAAACCGGUCAUGCUGGAGGAUGUUGCAGGCAGCAGAACGUUCUCCACGGCGUCUCCAGACUCUGUCACAUGUGGUCAGUGUAAACCUGCUUUCAUCUGUGAAGAGCACAGGGCGCCAGUGGCGAAUUUGCCAAUCUUGGUGUUCUCUGGCAAAUGCCAAACGUCCUGCACGGUGUUGGACUGUAAGCACAACCCCCACCUGUGGACGUCGGGCCCUCAUACCACCCUCAUGGAGUCUGUUUCUGACCGUUUGAGCAGACACGUGCACAUUUGUGGCCUGCUGGAGGUCAUUUUGCAGGACUCUGGCAGUGCUCCUCCUUGCACAAAGGCGGAAGUAGCGGUCCUGCUGCUGGGUUGUUGCCCUCCUACGGCCUCCUCCACGUCUCCUGAUGUACUGGCCUGUCUCCUGGUAGCGCCUCCAUGCUCUGGACACUACGCUGACAGAUACAGCAAACUUUCUUGCCACAGCUCGCAAUGAUGUGCCAUCCUGGAUGAGCUGCACUACCUGAGCCACUUGUGUGGGUUGUAGACUCCGGCUCAUGCUACCACUAGAGUGAAAGCACCGCCAGCAUUCAAAAGUGACCAAAACAUCAGCCAGGAAGCAUAGGAACUGAGAAGUGGUCUGUGGUCACCACCUGCAGAACCACUCCUUUAUUGGGGGUGUCUUGCUAAUUGCCUAUAAUUUCCACCUGUUGUCUAUUCCAUUUGCACAACAGCAUGUGAAAUUUAUUGUCAAUCAGUGUUGCUUCCUAAGUGGACAGUUUGAUUUCACAGAAGUGUGAUUGACUUGGAGUUACAUUGUGUUGUUUCAGUGUUCCCUUUAUUUUUUUGAGCAGUGUAUUAUAUUCAUAAAUAUCCAUAUUAUAAAUCAAAUACUAAAAUGUAAAGGUCUAACUCCAAUUGCUGCUAUUGAUUUUAAAGUAUUUUAUAGUAUAUUUUAAUGCUUCUGUUCUUAACAUACUGCCACUGUGGUGGUACACCUUAAUCAAAUCCUAGUCAACCCUUAAUUGUCACUUUUAAGAACAAUUUUACUCAUGAACCUAAUUUGUUUUGUAUUGGUGUAGUUAAUUAAUUGGAUAUUUUGUAGAUUUUCUAUCCUACAGGGAAUAGGGUGACAUUUUGUUUAGUCAGCUUAGCUCUCCCUCUCUGUUCUUACAUGAACGCUCACAUCAAUCAUUUAUGGCUGGUAAAAUUGUUUUCUUCAAUAUGUUUGUGUACAUGUUUAUGCAUAUUCAUUAUAUGGUAAUGUGCAAUAUGAUUUUGAGGAAUAUGUAUGAGUAGUAACAUGACGAAUGUCUGAAGAAUAAUAUGACUUGGGACUAUGAUCACUGCAAUAAUGUUAAUAAAAGAUGGUUAAUUGUUUAAACAGAAAAUAAAGAUAGGCUUACACAGAA